CAUAAUUGUAUAGUUAUGUCGUCGCCUUGCGGGUUUGGAUUUUCAUCCUUGCCAGAACCGGCGUCGCCGUCCACUAUUGAAACUCUUCGAGAGAGAGAAAUAGAAGGCAGUUCGCCUAUCGGUAUUGGAUUCAGCAGUGACCAUGAGAACACGAGGAGUCCGCAAAGUUUGACGAGCUCUCCUGGGGAUUGUACGACUCCUGUUCACUCACAGUUAUCUAGCCUGUACUCUUCGCCUGUUGGAAUUGGAUUUAGCAGCAGUGACAACGAAAACACACUAAGUCCGCUAAACGUCGCCAACACUCCUCGUAUUUUUAUGACUUCUCCACUGUCUCUGCGAUCCUACUCAACACUCGAAGGAAACUCAUCGCCUGCUAGCCCAUCACCAGACAACAGCCCUUCUAAAUCCCAAUCGCCUGUUAAACGUAGGAGAAUGCUCCAUUGUGACACCCCGUCUACAUGCGCACAAGAAAGCAGCGGACAACGAAAAACAAAGCGAAGUUUAAACUACGAGGGUGAUUCUGAAGGAAAACCGGUUUACCAAAUGUGACCACUGCACAAAUUAUAAAAAGCAACUAGAGGCAACAAUGAAUAAAGCUAAAAGAAAGGCCAUUCAAGAACUUCUGGAUGAACACAUUGAACGUGUUAUGAAUGAACGAAGAAAAUAUCAUCUUCAUCGGUACAAAGCACGGCGGAGUCCUUCAAAGUAUCUAACAAUCAUAUUGGAUGGUAUGGAUCAAUCCAAAACUGAUGUACCAAAUCUUCGAAGAGUCUGCAAAUCAACUGCAAACCUGCAAAAGUUGAGAACACAUCUUGUUGGAACUAUAAUGCAUAGUGGGUUGUGUCCCAUGGGAAAAUUAUUCCAUGGUAUGUUUGACCUUUUUCAAUGGAAACAUGACAGCAAUCUAACAAUGAACAUUCUCAUCAAACUUCUU